UGGGGGAGCCAGGGCGGACGUGAGCGCGCUGAGAGGGGGCGGGGCUAGCGCUCACGCAGCUUUAGCCCAUUCCCCGCCCUUUCUCUUCCCGGUUUCCCUGUCAGCCUGCUGGUCGGGUCUGGCGGCUGCUUCCGGUAGGAGCGCGGUGCAGGGCGAGUCGGUCUCGGCUCCUCGUCAUGUCCUACGGUCCCUUAGAUAUGUACCGGAACCCGGGGGCCUCGGGGCCCCCGCUCCGGGACUUCAACAGCAUCAUCCAGACGUGCAGCGGCAACAUCCAGCGGAUCAGCCAAGCCACUGCUCAGAUAAAGAAUUUGAUGAGCCAACUAGGAACUAAGCAAGAUUCAAGCAAGCUACAGGAAAAUCUGCAACAGUUACAGCACUCUACAAAUCAGCUUGCCAAGGAAACAAAUGAAUUACUGAAGGAAUUAGGGUCCUUGCCCCUUCCUUUAUCUACUUCAGAACAGCGCCAGCAGAAACUUCAGAAGGAACGUCUCAUGAAUGACUUCUCUGCAGCCUUAAACAAUUUCCAGGCUGUGCAGAGAAGGGUAUCUGAAAAGGAAAAGGAGAGUAUUGCCAGAGCAAGAGCUGGAUCUCGUCUUUCUGUGGAGGAGAGGCAAAGAGAGGAGCAGCUCGUCUCAUUUGACAGCCAUGAGGAGUGGAACCAGAUGCAGAGCCAGGAGGAUGAGGUGGCCAUCACUGAACAGGAUUUGGAACUUAUUAAAGAGAGGGAAACGGCAAUUCGGCAGCUGGAGGCUGAUAUUUUGGAUGUCAAUCAGAUAUUUAAAGAUUUGGCGAUGAUGAUCCAUGACCAAGGUGAUCUCAUUGACAGCAUAGAAGCCAAUGUGGAAAGCUCAGAGGUGCAUGUAGAAAGAGCCACUGAUCAGUUACAGCGAGCUGCUUACUAUCAGAGAGAUCUACAAAAAGGCAUCAAACUUUGAAUAAACUGACAUAGAAGCCUCUUAGCUGCAAAGCUAACCACAAAAAAUCUCGCAAGAAGAUCUGUAUCCUGGUGCUUGUCCUGUCAGUGAUUAUUGUAAUCUUGGGACUUAUUUUGUGGCUAGUUAAUAAAUGAAGUGAUUGCCUCCGAGCCUUCUCCUGCUGAGCUGUUUUCAAGGGCAAGUGCUUGCUGGAGUCUUGCCAGAACAAACUGAUCACAAGAAGACAGAAUACACCAGAAUGUCCUGUAAUAAUUUAGUUAGAAACUAACUACUAACUAGUCCUUGGAAUUAGUGACCUGUGGAGACAGUAUUUAUCAAUUUAUGUAUACAUUUUAUUGAUUUCUCAAAUUAAGAAUUAAUUUAUGUGGAUUUUGCUUUCUCUUAUACUCUGAUUGCCCUUCGUCCCAAGUGUUUACUGAAAAUUACAUUCUAGAUAUUCUUGUUUUGGUAGGUAACACUAUAGUCUUGUAAUAAUUGUCUUUCUAUGUACAUACAAGAUUUACCUUUUUACUAGCAACUGAGAUAGAAUUACUUUCUGUCACCCAGCAUAUUGGAGUCUGUCAGAAACUGUAUAAUAAGCCAGCAAUUUUUAUUAUUUAAUAUUUGUUUGAAUUUCUAAGAAGCCUGCCCCCUAUAUGCUUUGGAAGGUUUUGGCAAUGUAUUUAACUAGAGAAUUAAAAAUUGCACAGGUGAUCCAGAUUAAAUGAGAAGUAACUAUUUGA